CAGCGUAAAAUGUUUAGAAUCGCUUGCGGAUUAAUGUUUUGCUUAUUAACAUGGGCGGCGAGCUUGGCGCGUCGCUUGGAGCCUUGUGAGCUGGCUGGCCAGCUUUAUAUAUUAGACGUGCCCAAGCCGGAACUAGCCCAGUGGCUGUGCAUUGCAGACUUCGAGAGUCGCUUCAACACCCACAUUGUGGGCCAGGCUAACGCGGAUGGCUCCAAGGACUAUGGCAUCUUUCAGAUCAGCGAUCGCUUCUGGUGUGCUCCGCCCAAAGAGACAUCCUACUAUGCAUUCAAUGAGUGCAACAUCAACUGCACUCAACUGCUGAGCGAUGAUAUAACAAAAGCUGUACAAUGUGCAAGGCUUAUCAAGAGACGGCAGGGCUGGGGCGCUUGGUCGGUCUAUCCAGAAUUCUGCAAUGGCACUUUAUCGGAUACCGAUAAAUGCUUUCAGCAUAAUGUUACUGACAUUAGUGGGCAGACAAGUGGGACGCAAGCGGGCGACGAAGAGGGGGAGGCAAUGCAAACAACUGCGGAAGCAGAUACAGCUGUAGAAACGACAACGAACAUGAAUGAAAUUUGAAUUUAUAAUUAUAAAUAUUUCUACUUAAUACAC